AUGCAACCUAUAAAAUAAAUACCAGAAGGUGAAAGAACUAAAACAAUAUACACUUUAAUUAAAGACCAAAAGUACAACGAUGCAAUUUAAUAUUUAAAUUAUGAAUUAUAAUUUACUCCCAGAAGUCGUACUUUAUCAUUACUAGCAUAUUGUUAUUACAUGAAAUAAGAUUUUAGUAAUGCUUGUAAAAUUUAUGAAUAAUUAGUAAGCUUUUAUCCUGAAGUAGAAGAAUAUAAAUUAUAUUUAGCUUAAACAUAUUAUAAAGAUGCUGAUUUAACUUUAAGUCCUUAUAAGAUACGAAAAAAAGAAAUUGAGCAUGCCAAAUCUUUGAUAAGAUAAGGAGAUCCUGAAGACCCUGAUAAUUUAAUAAAUGAGGGUUGUAUUUUGUAUAAAGAAGAGAAAUUUGAAGAGGCUAGACAUAAAUUUUAAGAAGCAAUAAAUAAAGUUGGUUAUAAUACAGAAUUGGCCUAUAAUAUAGCUUUAUGUCAUUACAAACUUAAAUAAUUAGCCCCUUCAUUAGAAAAUAUAGCGAAAAUCAUCGAAAAAGGUGUCCGAGAACACCCUGAAUUAGGAGUAGGCUCAAAUGCAGAAGGCAUCGAAGUUAAAAGUGUAGGCAAUUCUUAAGCUUUAAAAGAAACAGCUCUUAUAGAAGCUUUUAAUCUAAAAGCAGCUAUUGAAUAUUAAAUUAAAAAUAUUCCAGCCGCAAAAGAAGCUUUAUUAGAUAUGCCACCAAGAUCUGAAGAAGAAUUAGAUCCAGUGACUUUAAUGAAUUAAGCAUUAAUGAAUAUGGAUGAUAAACCAUCAGAUGGAUUUAAAACGGCUGAUGUCUUAGCAGAAAAUACUGAUUUAACUUUUAAAAUUAUGAAAAAUGAAGACUUUGAAUUUAUUGAUGCUUUAAUUUUAUAAAAUGCAUCUCCUGAGGAAGCAUUUAGAAGAUUUGAAAUUUUAUCGAAUAAAAGUAUUGAUAAUUUAAGAAAAAUUACUAAAGAUAUUUAAGAUGCAAGAUUAAAUAGGGAUAAUGAGAGUAUUAAAAAAUCACUUAAAAAUUUUGAUGAUUAACUUGAAAAAUAUAUACCUGUAUUAAUGGCUAUGGCUAAAAUUUAUUGGGAUAGAUAGAAUUAUUAAGCUGUUGAAAAAUUAUUUAAAUAAUCCGCAGAAUUCUGUGCUGAUCAUGAAGUUUGGAAGCUUAAUGUGGCUUAAGUCUUUUUUGUUUAAGAUAAUAAAUUUUAGGAAGCUUUGAAAUAUUUUGAACCUAUAGUUAAAAGAUAUUCGGAAAAUUUACUUUAGUUAUAGGCUAUGGUUAUUGCUAACUUGUGUGUGAGUUAUAUUAUGGUUAAUUAAAAUGAAGAUGCAGAGGAAUUGAUGAAAAAAUUAGAAAGAGAAGAAGAAAAGUCGGCUUUAUAAGAACCUGAAAAAAAUGUUUAUCAUUUAUGCAUUGUAAACUUAGUUAUAGGAACUCUAUAUUGUGCUAAAAAUAAUUAUGAAUUUGGUAUAUCUAGAAUAAUUAAAUCAUUAGAACCUUUAAAUAAAAAAGUUAAUACCGAUACUUGGUAUUACGCCAAAAGAUGCUUUUGUUCUUUAAUUGAAACUAUGGCUAAAUAAUAAUUAGUAUUAAAAGAUGCUUCUAUUGUUGAAAUGCUAGAAUUUUUAGAUACAGCAGAAUUGUAAUGCAAAAACAUUCCAACAGUUAUUAAUCCAUUAGAAUAAUUAGAUGAAAAGAAAACUGUAUCUUAUGAAGCUAGAAUGUUAAAAAGAAUGUUUUAUAAAUUAAGGUGUUGA